AUGGUACGGUACCUACUAUUAGUUUCCAUCAUCUACAGCAAAUCCAAUGCAAAAUGGCUUGUAGUAAUUAGUAACGAAACUGACCACUUCAAUAUGCACUUCAUCAUCAUGCAGAUUUUGUCGUCCACUUCUCAGUUCAGGUACCUUCUGAUCUCCAAGAAAUCCCGAUGAAUCAUGCUGAUGUUUCGAAGCCAUCCCAGUCACUACCGUAAUCCUGCUACCAUGUACCUUGUAGAUAUCUUGGGUCAAUUCAAUCUGUCUGGCACCUAUUGCACGCCUUCGACGAAUCGUGUUGUGACUUUCAUCCAGUCAGUGAAAGCCAGCCUUCGUCAUUGGCGUGUACAACAUCCGUUUCUGCAUCGUCCAUGUUCAGUACACGAAGCGAGUAGCGAGUUCUGGGAGGAGGUUGUGAUGGUACGAAAAUUAUUUUGUUUGCCAGUCUAUGCAAUCAUCCAGCGAUCCAUACGUAAGAUUCUUGUUUCGAGUGUUCAACGGACUCCGACCUGCAGGGAUCGCCUACAUUGGUCUGAGUGACACAAAUCCUUUCACAUUCCUCUGCCUCAGCAACAUCCGUAACGAUUUCGUCAAAAAGGUCUGUGUAGCCAGCAGUUGAUAGUCGCAUAAAAUUGCAUUUCGAAGACGACAUCGGCACAUCCAAAGAGAUUUUAGUGGCUCCAUAGAGGACAGCUUCAUGAAGGGGAAGAUCAGCAUCAGAUACGGCUUUUUUGUAGCCAACAAGAAGGCACUGGGCUUUUUCGUCAUUGUUGAUAAAAUAGUUGAAUCCAGCGCAUUCCGACUGUGCUAGGCAUCUCAAAGAACACUCUCCCAAGCUUAGCACGUCGAAUUGACCAAGAACGUUCCCUUGUACAACGCUGUAGUUCUCGAUCACAAAAUUGUGGUAUGCAGCUGAAAAAUGGCAAAAUGAAAAACAAAAUUGUAAGUGGAACCCAAGCAGAACUGUAUCUGCAUGAUAUACGGAGUUUCUAA